AUGAGGGAGGAUGCGGUUAGUAAACCCGACCACACGCCCAUACAGAAGUGCACUGCCGCAAUCAGACAGCUGGCAUACGGAGGUGCGACCGACAUGUUCGAUGAGUACCUCCACGUCGGUAAGACGACUGCCCGCGUCUGUUUGCAGUAUUUUUGUGAGGGUGUUAGGGAGAUAUUCGGGGAAAGGUAUCUUCAGAAGUCUACCCCCGAAGAUUGUCAGGCUCUGAUGGAUAUGCACGAGAGUCAGCACGGGUUUCCGGGAAAAAACUGCCCCGCCGCCUGGAAAGGGGUGUACACUACUGGUUUCAAGGUCGGGUCGAACAUCGACAUCAACGUCCUCCAGUCGUCGCUCCUUUUCAACGAGCAGUGCAUGAGCGUAGGUCCGGCCGUCAGUUUCGUCGCCAACGGCAACCAGCACAAUAUGGGCUAUUAUUUGGCGGAUGAGAUAUACCAUAUGUGGCCCGUCUUCGUGAAGACGAUCAGAUGCGCAACAGAAGAAGAUAGGAUCUAUUUUGCGAGUCGUCAUGAGGCAGCGCGCAAGGAUGUGGAGCGGGCAUUUGGUGUGCUCCAGGCUCGAUGGGUGGCAGUGAAGGGUCCAUCACGGCUGUGGUAUAUUGACAGCAUCGCUGAUGUCAUGUACGCAUGUAUUAUUAUGCACAACAUGCUUGUCGAAUAUGAAGGUCCAACACUGACGGAUUGGACCAGUGAUGAUGUUGAUGCUGCCGGUCCAAGCCACGGCGUGGCCACCGCCAAUGUACGUAUGGGGGUACCCAAUGGAGAGGUCGAGUGGGUCCGUGCAUUCGCCGACAUGGGCCAACGACAAGCCCAUAUUCGACUCCAGAACGAUAUAAUUGAAGAGCAAUGGACGCGGAGGGGUCGUCGUUGA